AGACCCACGCCCUGCUCCCUCCGCCCGGCACCUGCAGGAAGGACUGGAACCGCCUCUGCGUGCCCGCCGCCCGUUUCCGCCCUCCCGCUCCUCCCACGCGUGCCGCCCGGGACCCCGCAGCACCGCGGCGCCGAUCCGAGGCCCCCCCUGGUCCUCCUCGGCUCCUCCCGGAAGCGCGGCGCGUGGCGGCCCGGCGGCGCGGAUUGGACGCGUGGCACCAACAGAGACACCCGGGGGGGGGUGGGACGGAGGUGAGCGGGCGCCCGCGGAGGAUGCGGUGGGGAACCAGCUCCGGGCGCCGUCCGCGGUCGCGCGUGGGGCCGUGCACGCGGUGGUGGCGGGGGGAAGCGCGUGGUCCCCUCAAGCGCGCACCCUGCCGCCCAGCCCUUGCGCCCGCACAGGGUGGUGGCCCCGGCGAGUAGAGGGUAGGGGUCGCCCGCGGCCGGCGCCCCGGGACUCUUAUUGUGACAGGGUGGCGCGCAGUGCUUAGUCACCGUGACCCGCGCGGCGGAGGCGGAGGCAGAGCGCGGCCAUGGCGGGGUGAGUGCGCCGCUCCAGGCCGCGGCCCGGGACCAGGCCCUGCGGGCUCUCCAGGCAUCAGGGCUGCGCCUCGGAGCGGCGGGGAGGCCGCUGGAGCAGGCACCGGGUACCGGGCGGCCGCUGCACAGCCUCCUGCGCAAUGCCAGACCCGAGCUCCGGCAGUGUGGUCACGCGUGACAGUCGUUCACUUACUGGGGCCCCUGGAGCAUUUCAUCCCCCCACGGUGAUCUAAUAGACAUAACACGCGGGGAUGCGACUCCAGGCUGAGCCCCAGGACCUGGGGAGCCAGCUGCAGACCCUCUUUGUCUCCCCCCAUCUCCUUUGAAAGCAUAACUGUUCCCCUGACCCCAGGUCUCCAAGGGUCUCCUGAAUCCUUCCCCGUGGGUGCUCCAGAUGCUGCACACCCCAGGACCUCGGUGCUCGCUUAGUGUUUUCUAUACAGACCUUGCUUUAUUUUCAGGCCUUUUGUGUCUUCCUGCUGUGUUCCUGGAGCUCAGAACAGUUCCAAGUGCAUAAAUGGCAGGCUCUGUAAAUUUUGGUGAGGUGUUGAAGAAAGGAAUUUGACAUGUUGGAUGAAGGGAAGGAUGGCGGGAACAGUGAGGAGGUUGGGAAGGGGGUGUGGAGUUUUACAGGCCAUUGAGGAGCUGGGUUUCCAUUCUUGGGCUCGGUGAAAGGUGUUCGGUGAUUUUGAGCAGGAAAAGGAACAUGAUAUGUCCUGAAGGCCCGGAGUUGAGGAGAAGUUAGUUUGAAUGGAACCGGGUGUGUCCAGUUUACUUGGCUUGGCAAAAAAACGGCUCUAGAAAUCAUUGUUUACUCUUGCAAAGAGAAGUCUGGUUGAACAUGUGGCAGAUACUUUAAUCCCAGCCCACGGGAGGAUGAGAAGUUCAGGAGCCAGCCCUGGCUAUCUAAGACCCUGUCUCAGAAAAAAAAAAAAAGUGGCAGGAUUUGGCCUAACCCAGCCUCUGUUCCCAGCCCUGUACUCUUCCCUCCAUCCAGGCCCCUAACCGCUAUUGGAGGAACUGUAUCUUGUCAUCAGGAACCCCAUGCAGCCCGAACCCAAGCCUAGCGGGGCUCCCCGCAGCAGCCAGUUCCUGCCCCUGUGGUCAAAGUGCCCCGAGGGGGCAGGGGACACGGUGAUGUACGCCUCCACGGAGUGUAAGGCAGAGGUGACACCCUCACAGGACGGUAACCGAACCUUCAGCUACACACUAGAGGAUCACACCAAGCAGGCUUUUGGCAUCAUGAACGAGCUUCGGCUGAGCCAGCAGCUCUGUGACGUGACCCUGCAGGUCAAAUAUGAGGACAUCCCAGCUGCCCAAUUCAUGGCUCACAAAGUGGUGCUGGCCUCCUCCAGCCCAGUCUUUAAAGCCAUGUUUACCAACGGGCUUCGGGAGCAGGGCAUGGAGGUGGUGUCCAUUGAAGGCAUCCACCCUAAGGUCAUGGAAAGGCUUAUUGAGUUCGCGUACACGGCCUCCAUCUCCGUGGGCGAGAAGUGUGUGUUGCAUGUAAUGAACGGGGCGGUCAUGUACCAGAUCGACAGUGUGGUCCGAGCCUGCAGCGAUUUCCUCGUGCAGCAGCUGGACCCCAGCAACGCCAUUGGCAUCGCCAACUUCGCUGAGCAGAUCGGCUGCACUGAACUGCACCAGCGUGCCCGGGAGUAUAUCUACAUGCACUUCGGGGAGGUGGCCAAGCAGGAGGAGUUCUUCAACCUGUCACACUGCCAGCUGGCCACGCUCAUCAGCCGUGAUGAUCUGAACGUGCGCUGCGAGUCUGAGGUGUUUCAUGCGUGCAUCGACUGGGUCAAAUACGACUGCCCGCAGCGGCGCUUCUACGUGCAGGCACUGCUGCGGGCCGUGCGCUGCCACGCGCUCACACCGCGCUUCCUGGAGACGCAGCUUCAAAAGUGCGAGAUCCUGCAGGCCGACGCGCGCUGCAAGGAUUACCUGGUGCAGAUCUUCCAGGAGCUCACGCUGCACAAGCCCACGCAGGCGGUGCCCUGCCGCGCGCCCAAGGUGGGCCGCCUCAUCUACACGGCAGGCGGUUACUUCCGACAGUCGCUCAGCUACCUGGAGGCCUACAACCCGAGCAAUGGCUCCUGGCUGCGCCUGGCAGAUCUACAGGUGCCGCGCAGCGGGCUGGCAGGCUGCGUGGUGGGUGGGCUGCUGUACGCUGUGGGCGGCCGCAACAACUCUCCAGACGGCAACACUGAUUCCAACGCCCUGGACUGCUACAACCCCAUGACCAACCAGUGGUCGCCCUGUGCCUCUAUGAGCGUGCCGCGCAACCGCAUUGGGGUGGGAGUCAUAGAUGGCCACAUCUAUGCAGUCGGAGGUUCCCACGGCUGCAUCCACCACAGCAGCGUGGAGAGAUAUGAGCCAGAUCGGGACGAGUGGCACCUAGUCGCGCCAAUGUUGACACGGAGGAUCGGAGUGGGUGUGGCAGUGCUCAACCGCUUGCUGUAUGCAGUGGGGGGCUUUGAUGGGACUAACAGGCUUAACUCUGCAGAAUGUUACUAUCCUGAGAGGAAUGAGUGGCGGAUGAUUACACCAAUGAAUACCAUCCGAAGUGGGGCCGGGGUCUGCGUGCUGCACAACUGUAUCUAUGCUGCAGGGGGCUACGAUGGGCAGGACCAGCUAAACAGCGUGGAGCGCUACGACGUGGAGACAGAGGCCUGGACUUUCGUAGCCCCCAUGAAGCAUCGCCGGAGCGCGCUGGGGAUUACUGUGCACCAGGGCAGGAUCUACGUCCUCGGAGGCUACGAUGGCCACACUUUUCUGGACAGUGUGGAAUGCUAUGACCCAGACAGUGACACCUGGAGUGAGGUGACCCGAAUGACAUCUGGCCGCAGUGGGGUGGGCGUUGCCGUCACCAUGGAACCCUGUCGGAAGCAAAUUGAUCAACAAAACUGUACCUGCUGAACCACUUGGAAUACCUGAGCACUGACAACAAGACAGAAAAAGAGUCUGUGUAUUGCUGCUGUCUCUGUACUAAAGAAAAAAGAAGAAAACAAACCACAAACAGAAAACACAGGGCAGAAGAGGCAGCAGCAGAAGUCACCUCUUCUUCCAGGAAGGGCAGCUGGGAUGUCUUGUCAAGGAUCUUGUGGAAGACCAGAACUCAGAUCUACGGGCCCCUCUGUCAUAGCCCUGGAGCAUCCGAGCCUGCCAUGGGAGGGGGACCCUCACAGGUGAGAGGCCCCACCACCAGCACCCAGAACCCCUUUCAGGGGGGACUGGCAAAGCAGGAGGUCAUGUGUGUUUUCUUUGUUUCCUGCAACUUGGUGAUCAAUUCCAGGGGACAAGGAGAAGAAGGGACAGGUGAAGCCAAGGGGCUGAGACUCCCUCUGGAGUCGGGGCCCUGGGGACAAGCCUGUGCAGAGACGCCUCUGGGCUGUAAGCCCUGGACAGCUAUUUUAUUAAAUAACCCUGUACCUUUCUCAUGGGAAUAAAGAAUGGAGUAGGCAGUGUCUUGCACACAGGUCCUCAGAGGGCGGUUGGAAUCCCUCAGGGAGAGGCAGCUCUUGUAUUGAAAUACACACAGGUCCUGAUGGGGCUGGUAUCUGACA